GAGCUCAACAGUAAAAAAAAAAAAACCGGAAAUGGAGAAGAACAAUUACAAGCAGAUCUGGGCCGCAUUUGCGACGGUGGCCUUGUUCGCCGCCGUAUCAGUUUUCGCCGACGAUGUCGUAAUUCUAACUGAAGAUAACUUCGAGAAGGAAAUCGGUCAAGAUAGAGGCGCUCUCGUCGAGUUUUACGCACCUUGGUGUGGACACUGUAAAAAGCUAGCUCCUGAGUACGAGAAACUUGGGGCGAGCUUUAAGAAGGCUAAAUCUAUUUUGAUCGGAAAGGUUGAUUGUGAUGAGCAUAAGAGUGUGUGCAGUAAAUAUGGUGUUUCUGGUUACCCGACUCUUCAGUGGUUUCCUAAAGGAUCUUUGGAACCCAAGAAGUAUGAAGGGCCGCGCACUGCAGAAGCCCUUACCGAGUUUGUCAAUAAUGAAGGAGGUACCAGUGUUAAGAUAGCUACAGUCCCAUCCAAUGUAGUGGUGCUGACAGCUGAUAAUUUUGAAGAGGUUGUGUUGGACAAAUCCAAAGACGUUUUGGUUGAGUUUUACGCACCAUGGUGCGGUCACUGCAAAAGCCUUGCUCCUACAUAUGAAAAGGUAGCUACAGCUUUUAAAUUGGAGGAAGGUGUAGUUAUUGCCAAUCUAGAUGCUGACAAAUACAAAGAUUUUGGUGAAAAGUAUGGAGUAAGUGGCUUCCCCACAUUGAAAUUCUUUCCAAAAGGCAACAAAGAUGGGGAAGAUUAUGAGGGUGGUAGAGACUUGGAAGACUUUGUGACUUUCAUUAAUGAAAAGAGUGGAACCAGUCGCGAUGGAAAAGGACAACUUACUUCAACAGCUGGCAUCAUUGAAUCUUUGGACUCAUUGGUAAAAGAGUUUAUAGCUGCUGGACAAGAUGAAAAGAAAGCAGUAUUUUCUAAGAUAGAGGAGGAAGUGGAAAAACUAGAGGGUUCUGCUGCAAGGUAUGGAAAGAUUUACUUGAAAUCUGCUAAGAACUGUAUGGAGAAAGGUUCUGAUUAUGCCAAGAAAGAAAUUGAGAGGCUGCAACGUAUCCUUGACAAGGCAAUCAGCCCGGUGAAGGCAGAUGAAUUCACCCUCAAGAAGAAUAUUCUGUCAACAUUUGCUUAAUCUUUCGGAUCUUUUGGUUUCAGCCGUUCAUGUCUUAGGAAUAUUCAUCAGCCAGCUCUCUAGAUUUUUCCUCUCUCGGCCUUAUCCAACAUUUACUUUUCGAUUCAUGGAGCAAGGCUUCUCGCAUGCGCUGUAAUAGAAAUUAUUUUGAGAGCCUCAACUAGCUAGUGCAGUCAUUUUGUAUGCAUUACUUUACAUCUCUGUACUCUUAUUUACUAUCACGAGAAGUUCAAGUUUUGACUUUUAACUUCAGACAA